AUGGGAUUAAAAAAAGCACUUCCAAACAAAGAAUAUACAAGUGAAGUAAAAUGGUUGCAGCGAGCAACAAGGAAGGAUUUUUUAUUUGAUGGAAGCUUUCAGGAAGCAAUCGGUCCAUUAUUGGCUAUGGCACAAUGUUUUGGUAUAAUGCCUGUAAUUGGUAUUAAAAGUAAGACAGCGUGCAAGCUACAAUUCAAGUGGAACAGUUACAGGACCAUUUACAGUUUUGUUGUGUUCAUUCUUUUGCUAAUUAUAAUGGGAAUGACAGUAUGGAUAACUGCAAGUCACGAAAUUAAAUUCAGUCGAAUGAUUGCAGUAAUAUUUUAUGGGUCAGCUGUUUAUGGAAUAUUUUGUUUCAUUCAAUUGGCACCGAAGUGGCCUCGAAUAAUGCGACGAUGGGAGUCUGUUGAGGCAAAAAUGCCACAAUAUCGUACACAAGCAGGGAAAAGGCAGCUAGCGAGACGCAUAAAAAUGAUAAGCAUCAUAAUAUUGAUGACUUCAUUAGUUGAGCACGCCUUGAACAUGAUCUCAAUCGUACAUUAUGCUCAAACGUGUUUAGAUCCGGACAAGCCGAUCAAAGAAUUUUUCCGAGUGCAGUUGUCGCAAAUGUACACUUUUUUACCAUAUUCACCAUGGCUUUCGUUUCUAGGCAAAUUUUUGAAUGUCAUCGCCACGUUCGCUUGGAAUUAUAUGGAUUUGUUCGUGAUGGUAGUAAGUGUGGGCUUAUCAUCACGGUUCAAACAACUCAACGAAGAUUUGGAACGGGUCAAAGGCAAGCGAAUGUCAGAGGAUUUUUGGGCAUUACGUCGAACGCAGUACCGCAAGUUAUCCGACCUUUGUGUUUUGGUUGACGAUGCCAUUUCACAAAUUACUUUGCUCAGCCUUUCCAAUAACCUUUUUUUCAUCACUCUCCAGUUACUGAGAGCGAUUAGACCGAUGCCAUCCAUUCAACAUGCCAUUUAUUUCUGGUUUUCAUUUAUAUUUUUGUUAUCGCGAACAUUGGCUGUUUCACUGUAUUCAUCACAAAUCCAUGACGAGUCGAAGAAGCCAAUUGUCAUUUUGCGUGCUGUACCAACAAAUACAUGGAACUCUGAAGUACGUCGAUUCUGUGAACAUGUUGUUAAUGACACCAUCGCAUUGACUGGCAUGCGAUUUUUCUUUCUCACUCGCAAACUCAUUCUAAGCGUCGCGGCCACGAUAAUCACUUACGAAUUAGUUUUGAUACAAUUCCAAACCGAAGAUUCCACGGAAACUGAGUGCCGAAGGAAUUGGUAA